AUGAAACUGUUGUUUGUUGUACUCCUAUGCGUGGCUGUUGCCUCAGCCCAGCUUGGUGGCCUUGGCAUCUUUGGAAAUGCGGCAAAUAGAGUGCAGGAAGGAGCAAACCCUAUACUCUCGAGUGUGCCGAUUUUUGGAGACUUUUUGAAACAAUCGACCCAAGCAUUCACUGGUCUCUUAGGUGGUGGAAUGCAGCAGCAGCAACAACAACAGCCGCAACAACAACAGCCGCAACAACAACAGCCGCAACAACAACAGCCACAACAAAACCAACAAAUGGGAUAAUUGAGAGCGGAACUUGUCCUGCACAAUGUA